AUGGCGGGCAAGCGCGACGAUGGCGCACCGCCGAAGAAGGCCAAGUUGGUCGGCAGGGCGUUUUACGAGAGUAUAGGGAGUCCGAAGUACAUUCUGGCACCCAUGGUUGAUCAAUCCGAGUUUGCGUGGAGGAUGCUCUCAAGAUCAUACAUCCCCCCGUCGCAGAAACCCCCUUUACUAGCCUACACCCCAAUGCUCCACGCCCGCCUCUUCGCCGAGACCGAAAAAUACCGACGAACAAACUUCCAAGCCACGAAUCCCGCCUCCCCAACAUCCCCCGACUCCCCCUUCCUCGACGGCAACCCCUCCAUCGACCGCCCCCUCAUCGUCCAAUUCUGCGCCAACGACCCCAACUGGCUCCUCCAAGCCGCCCGCCUCGCUGCCCCCCACUGCGACGCCGUAGACCUCAACCUCGGCUGUCCCCAAGGCAUAGCGCGCAAGGGCCAUUACGGCAGCUUCCUGCAAGAGGACCAAGACCUCAUCUUCCGGCUCAUCAGGACGUUGCGCGACGAGCUCGACGUACCUGUGACGGCCAAGAUACGCAUCCUCGAGACGCGAGAGGCGACGCUGGCGUACGCGCGCAACGUGCUCGAGGCGGGCGCGAGCAUAUUGACCGUUCACGGACGCCGGAGGGAGCAGAAGGGGCAUUUGACGGGGUUGGCGGAUUGGGAGGUGAUUCGGUUCCUGAGGGAGAAUUUACCACCUGAGACUGUGCUUUUCGCGAAUGGGAAUGUUUUGCGGCAUGAGGAUCUCGAUCGGUGUAUUGAGGCGACGGGGGCCGAUGGCGUCAUGUCUGCUGAAGGAAACUUGAGCGACCCGGGCAUUUUCGCGGUGCCUCCCGCCGAUGGAGAGGGAGGGAGGGAGUACUGGCGCGGAAGGGACGGAAAGGGCGGUUGGAGGGUCGACGGUGUGAUGAGGCGGUACCUGGAUAUUCUGCACAAAUACGUCGCGGGCGUGGAGCCGCCGGCGCGGAGACCGCUGUUCGUCCCCGGAGACGACGAGGGCUGGCUUGUCGAACGGGAGGAGAACGGAGAGGAGGAGGGACCCGCGCGGAAGAAGAGGAAAAAGGAGAAGAAGGACUACGUACAGAAUGGGAAUUAUUCGGCCAUGCAGCCGCACAUGUUUCAUUUGCUGAGGCAUUUGGUGACGGUUCACACGGAUGUGAGGGACGCGUUGGCGCGGAGCAAGAAGGGGGAUCUGGAGGCUUAUGAACAGGUGUUGCUCAUGGUGGAGAGGAAAGUUGCUCUUGGCCUCCUUGAGUACGAGAAGGGCAAGGAUGACGGGUUCGAAAACGGAGAGGGGGAAAACGGGGAGGACACGCUGUCGGAAAUCGACGAGGAACUCAAGGCCGAGAGCUCGGAGGCGGCGAUCAAGAGGUGUAAGAGGCCCUGGUGGAUCACCCAGCCUAUUAUUCGGCCUUUGCCGAUGGAGGCGUUGGCGAAGGGGAGUAUUACGCUAAGUAAGAAGAACAUGGCUGCUAUGGGGGUGGAGGUCGAUGUCGUGGAGAAGACGAACGGGGCGGGGGAUGAGGCAGCGGAAGAGAAGCCGGCGGAGAGGAAUCAGGAGGCGCCAACGCAGAAGGAGGAGGUUGUGGCAUAA